AUGCCUGAGUACGCCAGCGUCACAACCACGUACCGACCCGACCCGACAUGCUUUGCGCCGUCAAACUUGUGGGUGGGAGAGUGCGCCUAUGAAUUCACCACGGCCAACCUCGAGCCGACUACGAUCCUCACCGCCAUUGACGGCACGACGUACCCCAUGACCUACCCAACCAUGGCCUCGUACUGCAAGGCGGCGUCCGUCAAGCAGCUCUCCGGCAGCAAGGUGACCCUGAACGUCCAAGCCUCCCCCACGCCCACCACCACCGAGGUGGAUUGGGACUACGACAACGACUUCCUCGUCGUGACAGCCGCCCUGAUCCAGAAGUACCUCUACACGGGCAAGCCCGGCACGACGUCGACGUGCUUCGGCGACAGCCACUGCGUGAUGAACAGCAACCCGAUCAAGCCGCACCCGACGCACGCCCCGUACGGCACCUACUUCCCGCCGCCCUCGUCGGCCGUCACGCAGUUCACCCCCGCGGCGUCCUGCCUCGCCAGCUCCAACCUCUGGCUCGUCUCGGACCGCUGCUCGCUCACCACCGACCCCCGCACGCCCCCCUGGCUGCAGUGCACGCACACCGUGGCAGGCGACCCCGACCCGACGCGGGCGGAUUGCUACCCGGUGGGGUUAUCCACGGUAGUGACGGGCACACCGACCUACUACACCGACUGCCCGGCCGGGUACACGACGGUCAACACGACGGUGUACUUCCCCUGGACGGUCGCCAACGGCGGCCCGGCGUACGACAAGGCCAAGGGGACGCAGCUGACGUGCUGCCCGGCGCCGUUCCGCGGCCUCACCUUCGAGCACAGGUCGCCGCAGUGGACGUACUCGACGGUGUACGACGGCACGACGCACACGGUCAGUAGCCGCACGCUGCCGCCGUACUGCGCGGCCUACGGCGGCAACAUGCGCGGCGGCGACGGCGAGAUGCUGACCCUGGGCCUAUACAGCAACGGCAUCGAAGGCCGCCCGGGCAGCACCUACGACGGCGUGUCCGAGGCGACUUGGGAUGGCGCGUGGGGCACGCUGUACGCGCAUGCGCACACGCUGUCGUGGACCGUGUUCCAUGCCACGCAUACCUGCUUUGAGCCCGCCGAGUGCAGAGAGUAUUUUACCUACUCGUAUGGGAAUACCCUGGGGCCGGGGGUGGUGGUGGCGACCCCGACGCCGACAAGGGAUUCGGAGGGUGGAGGUAGUGAGGCGGCGUCUUCUUCGUCGACUGCUGCGGCGGCAGCGUUGGUGCCCGUGAGGGGGGAUGGGCGGGCCGGGCUGGCGGGUGUGGUGGUUGUUGUUGUGACGGUUGUGGUGAAUGUUGUUCUUGGGGCUGGGUUGACUUGA